CCUCGGCGGCUCUCGACAGUUCCUAAUUCGGCGGCGGGUGCGUGCCCCGCUCCCCGGCCCCACCACCUGUUCCCGGCAGCCAAUGGGGCGGCGGGGGGCGGCCGGGGCGGGGCGCGGCUACAAAAGGCCGGGGCCGGCGCGCGGCCGCCCACCCGGCUCAGCGCGCGCUCUCGGGAUCCUCGCACCGACGCGGCCAGGCGCCAGGAACAUUCCGCUCGUGGACCAGCCAGGCCGGAGCGAUGCUGCGGGUGCGGUGUCUGCGCGGCGGGAGCCGCGGCGCCGAGGCGGUGCACUACAUCGGGUCUCGGCUUGGAAGAACCUUAACAGGAUGGGUGCAGCGAACUUUCCAGAGCACCCAGGCAGCUGCGGCUUCCUCCCAGAACUCCUGUGCAGCUGAUGACAAGGCCACUGACCCUCUGCCCAAGGACUGCCCUGUCUCCUCUUACAACGAAUGGGACCCAUUAGAGGAAGUGAUAGUGGGUAGAGCAGAAAACGCCUGUGUUCCACCGUUCACUGUGGAGGUGAAGGCUAACACCUAUGAAAAAUACUGGCCAUUUUACCAGAAGCAUGGAGGCCAUUAUUUUCCCAAAGAUCAUUUGAAAAAAGCUGUUGCUGAAAUUGAAGAAAUGUGCAAUAUUUUAAAAAUGGAAGGAGUGACAGUGAAGAGGCCUGACCCCAUUGACUGGUCACUGAAGUAUAAAACUCCUGAUUUUGAGUCUACGGGUUUAUACAGUGCGAUGCCUCGAGAUAUCCUGAUAGUUGUGGGAAAUGAGAUUAUUGAGGCUCCCAUGGCAUGGCGCGCACGUUUCUUUGAAUACCGAGCAUACCGAUCAAUUAUCAAAGACUACUUCCACCGUGGUGCCAAGUGGACCACGGCUCCUAAGCCCACGAUGGCUGAUGAGCUUUAUGACCAGGAUUAUCCCAUCCAUUCUGUAGAAGACAGACACAGAUUGGCUGCUCAGGGAAAAUUUGUGACAACUGAGUUUGAGCCAUGCUUUGAUGCUGCUGACUUCAUUCGAGCUGGAAGAGACAUUUUUGCACAGAGAAGCCAGGUUACAAACUACCUGGGCAUUGAAUGGAUGCGUAGGCAUCUUGCUCCAGACUACAGAGUGCACAUCAUCUCCUUUAAAGAUCCCAAUCCAAUGCAUAUCGAUGCCACCUUCAACAUCAUUGGACCUGGUCUUGUGCUUUCCAACCCUGACCGGCCUUGUCACCAGAUUGAUCUUUUCAAGAAAGCAGGGUGGACCAUAGUUACUCCUCCAACACCAGUCAUCCCAGAUGAUCAUCCACUCUGGAUGUCGUCCAAAUGGCUUUCCAUGAAUGUCUUAAUGCUAGAUGAAAAACGUGUUAUGGUGGAUGCCAAUGAAGUCCCAAUUCAAAAGAUGUUUGAAAAGCUGGGUAUCAGUACCAUUAAGGUUAACAUUAGAAAUGCCAAUUCCCUGGGAGGAGGCUUCCACUGCUGGACCUGUGAUGUCCGGCGCCGAGGCACCCUGCAGUCCUACUUUGACUGACCAGGCCUGAUGGAGCUUGUGGCUGGCAUAAGACACACCUAAGAAGCAUAUGGGCAAGGUUCUUUCUCCUGCUUUAAAAGUGCAUGAACUGUAGUGCUUUAAACAAUCAUCUCCUUAACAGGGAUCUUCAGCCUGGUUUACUUUUAUUACUUUUCUUUGGCAUAAGGAAAUAACUUCUCCUAGGUAUUACUCUCUACUCCUAAAGUUAUUUACUAUUUGGCUUCAAGUGUAAAAUUUUGAUGAAUGUGUACCAAGACAAAAAUUAGUCACUUGGGUAAGUUGGCCACUAAUAAUUAACCAUCUACCUCUGUUUUUAAUUUUCUUUCCAAAAGGCAGCUUAAAAUGUUGGUCCUGAUCUUGUUUUUU